UCAGUCACUGUCCCUGGCCGCUCAAGGGGCACUUGGUAGACCUCCUGCCUCCAAAGCCCCUUUACUUGCUCUAGAAGCGGCUAGGGAUUCAUGAUGCUUCGGACCUGUCGUGUGCUCUGUUCCCAAGCUGGACCCUCCGCUGGGGGCUGGCAGCCCUUGAGCUUUGAUGGUGGGGCUUUUCACCUCAAAGGCACAGGAGAACUGACACGAGCUUUGUUGGUGCUGCGGCUGUGUGCCUGGCCCCCUCUGGUCACACAUGGCUUGGCGCUCCAGGCCUGGUCUCAGCGACUCCUGGGCUCCCGGCUCUCAGGCGCACUUCUCCGAGCAUCUAUCUAUGGGCAGUUUGUGGCUGGUGAGACAGCAGAGGAGGUGAAGGGCUGCGUCCAACAGCUCCAGACCCUAGGCCUUCGGCCCCUGCUGGCAGUACCCACUGAGGAGGAGCCAGACUCAGCUGUCAAGACUGGUGAGGCCUGGUAUGAGGGGAACUUCAGUGCUAUGCUUCGGUGUGUGGACCUGUCACGAGGCCUGCUGGAGACCCCUGGCCCGACUGGGAACAUCCUUAUGCAGCUGAAGGUGACGGCGCUGACCAGUGCUCGGCUCUGUAAGGAGCUAACCUCAUGGAUCAGAAAACCAGGGGCUUCCUUGGAGCUGAGUCCCGAGAGGCUGGCUGAAGCCAUGGACUCUGGGCGGGAUCUCCAGGUCUCCUGCCUCAACGCCAAGCAAAACCAGCAUCUCCGGGCCUCUCUGAGCCGCUUGCACCGGGUAGUCAAGCAUGCCCGGGCCCAGCACGUGAGGCUCCUGGUGGACGCCGAGUAUACCUUCCUGAACCCGGCUCUCUCUCUGCUGGUGGAUGCCCUGGCCAUGCGCUGGAACGGCCCCGGGGAAGGGGGGCCCUGGGUGUGGAACACUUACCAGGCCUAUCUGAAGGACACACACGAGCGGCUGAGGCGGGCCGCGGAGGCCGCUGACAGGGCUGGCCUGGCCUUCGGAGUCAAGUUGGUACGAGGGGCAUAUCUGGACAAGGAGAGAGAGGUGGCUCGGCACCAUGGGACAGAAGACCCCACUCAGCCGGACUAUGAGACUACCAGCCAGAGUUACAGCCGCUGUCUGGAACUGAUGCUGACCCAGGUGUCCCACCGUGGCCCCAUGUGCCAUCUCAUGGUGGCUUCCCACAAUGAGGAAUCUGUUCGCCAGGCAACCAAGCGCAUGUGGGAGCUGGGCAUUCCUCUGGAUGGGCCUGUCUGUUUUGGACAACUUCUAGGGAUGUGUGACCAUGUCUCCUUGGCACUGGGGCAGGCCGGCUAUGCCGUAUAUAAGUCCAUCCCUUAUGGUUCCCUGGAGGAGGUGAUCCCCUACCUGAUCCGGAGGGCCCAGGAGAACCGGAGUGUGCUGCAGGGUGCCCGCAGGGAACAGAAGCUGCUCAGCCAAGAACUUCGACGGAGAGUGCUGGGGCGGGGCUUGAGGGUACCCCAUUAGCAUCAUGUGGUUAAUAAAGAUCCUGAGCUAUGGCCCAGGCUGCUGCCCUGCACUGAAGCUCCUCCUUGGGGAAGGGCUAUUCACCUCAGUGAGCCCAAGCUAGGGACUCUGCAGCUUAAGAGAGACCACUAGCUGACCCUAGAGCAUAGCAAGGGCAUUGAUCAAAGACUAAUGAUGCCUACCCCUAACCCUGAGGCAGACUAUCCUGCAGUGGGCCUGGUAUCAGCUCUACUCAGCCAGUCAAUGACUCCUGUGGGAACUUUCUUCACUCCAGGGGAUGCCCAGAUGAACAGCAGACACUGAGGCACUGAAACCAAGAGGCUGGGAGGGACAGAGGGAAGAGGCAAAUCACUUUUUCAUUUAAUAAGCAUUUACUGAGGUUCCUUCUGAGCUAUGCUCUGAGAUGAACAAUGCUGGGGACUCAACACUGACAAAGACAACUGCAGGCCCUGCUUCACAGGGCUUAGUCCAGUAGGGGUAGACAGACCUAUCUUUAGACAGUGACAGCCUGGUGGAUCAAGGGGAGACACCUGGUGAUCAAGAGGGCUUCCCAGAGAAUUCAUAACGAUAACCAAAGGAAUACUGAGAAGAGCAUUCAAAGGCAAGGGCGUGCGCAUAGACAGAAAAGUUUGAAACAGACUAGGGAGUGGGAAGACAGGGAUGAAAGGGGUAGGCAAGCCUGACAAUGCCAUCUUUGAUGCCAGAUCUCAGGGCUUGGACUCUGUCCCAAGGGCCCUGGGGAGUCAGGAGAGUUUCUAGCAAGGGAGGGACAGAGUCAGGUUUGGCUUUAGUAAAGAGUCCCCUGGCUACCAUGCAGUGAGUGUACCAGAGUGGGGAGACAGGCUGGGAGCCCAAGGGAAGCUGAAGUAAGAAAUCCCUGCAGGUAGCUGGAGCAUGGCAGGGC